CGCGGGGCGGCGAGCGGCACGAAUCGAAAACUCCUCCUAAGUGAUUCAAGGCUCCUCCGGGGUGAACGGGCGCCCAUAUUAACGGGAGGGAGAAGAGCGGUGUUACCCAAGGGUAGGAAGAAGGGCUUUCUUGCCGCGUGCGGCCAUGGGUAAAGCAUAUGGAUAUAAUAGGAGUGUGGAUAUAAUUUGGAGUGUAUAGGGGAGGGUUUUCGAAGACAUAUUUCUUUAACUCGAUGUUGGCUAAGCCAUCGAAAGCUCUUUUGAAUUAAAAAACAUUGUUGGCAAUGACAACAUCUUUAAUUAUUUUAACUCGAAAGCCCAAUUACGUGAAACGGUAGCGCCCCCCCCCCCGCCAUUUGUGAGUUACAACGGAAGCUUCGUUCACUGGAAUAUUGUCUUCGAGCGCCAAUGACCGAUUUUCAACAUCAGUUAAUGAACUAUUUCACGAGAUCUGCCUAUCGAGUUGAGGCGUUUUGCACUGAAUGAUGGACUUCACUCCAGGAAGAACGAGUAAUAUUUGACAAAUUUUGGAGAUGGUGUCAAUUGAAAUCUACACGCCCAGACAUUUCAAAGAACUAUUAUGUGAUGUACUCAUUGGAAAAGAUUGAGAAUGUCCUCCACUCAAGACUGUAUGGACCUACAAGGCCGUUUCGCCGGCAGUAACGAGCGUCGAAGGCAGGCAAGCAGGCGACUUGUCACGGGUGGCACGGCGGCGGCGGCGGCGGAGGUGGCGGAGGCGGAGAUGGCGGCGGCGCCAUGGACGCGCGACAGUCACCGUCCAGGAGAUGUUUAUCGGCGGCGAGGCGCGACUAAGAGGCAGUUUAUCUCCGCGACGCUGCUGCGCGCGGUAUAA